AUUCUGCAGUUCAUGAUUUUAUGUUUAAUCUGACACCUUGCAACAUCAUGAACAAAUCCACCUGGAAGGUUGCUCUUACUUGGAUUCCAAGAAGUGACAUCACCUUUUUCAAGAUCGUCUUCAAAGUCUGGUAUGAUGGUGCCAAAGCCUUACACUGGAAAGAAGUCCUUUGCAGUGGAGCCGACGAUGAAUAUGCAGUGUGUGGAACACUGAAAGGAGAAACAAUUGCAACAGAAUUUAACAUUAAAGGUGCAAGAACAAAGUUUCCAAAGGGCAAUUAUAACAUUAUUUUACAAGGAUUCUCUGAUGAUUCUGAGAGUAAUAUGAUUGUGUGCUUGAAUUUCACCAUGACAGUAAAACAAGACCCUUUCUGA